UGUGUUUUCACAAAAACACAAAUAAGUUCACAAUAAUUAAUUAAAUUUAAUAGUAAUUAAGCUGUUUAAAGACACAAAAACACAAUCAAAAUGAGGAUUGAGACUUGCUAUUUCUGUUCUAGCAAGGUUUAUCCAGGACAUGGAAUGUUAUUCGUCAGAAAUGACUGCAAACAAUUCAGAUUUUGCCGCAAGAAGUGCAGGAAGGCAUUCCAGCGAAAGAAGAAUCCAAGAAAGGCAAAAUGGACUAAAGCAUACCGUAAAUUAGCCGGAAAAGAAUUAACAAUAGAUCCAGCAUUUGAAUUUGAGAAGAAACGAAAUGCUCCAGUCAAAUACGAUCGUGAAUUAUGGACGAAAACAGUCAGUGCCAUCAGAAAGAUCAAUGAAAUCAAAGAGAGACGAGAGAAGCACUUUGUUAUGGAACGACUACGAACAGGCACACAACGUGAAAUUCAUAUGGAUAUUCGUGAUGUACAGAAGAAUAUAGCACUGAUCCGAGCACCAGAAGGCAUCAGAAAGAAGGAUACAGAGAAAUUGGAUGUGACAAUGGAGGAUGAGGAAGAAGAGAUUGUUUACAUGCCAGCUAAGGAGAUGGAGAAGAAGUUGGCUGCUGGAAUUAUGGAUGUAGAAAUGCAGAAAAUCAAGAAUUAAAUUUACUAUUAAGCUUAAUUAAUGUGAAAAAAUGUUGAAAUAAAAGAAAUUUCUGAAUUAUUUUAAUUACGUGAACUU